UAUGCUUAUAUAGAGUAUAUGACAGAUGGACCCACCGCGCCCUUGGCAGGCAGUCUCGUUGGCCCUCAUGGUGACACCACAAGGGCCCUCAAACAAAUCAUAUUAUUCCGAAACGCCAUUCCCUUUUCAAUUCAGAAUUCCAAGCUCUAAGCAAAACACUCUUCGUCGUCCUCGCAAUCGCAAUCGCUAUCGCCUCUUAAUUUGCAGCGAUCUCUCUCUCUCUCUCUCUCUCUCUCUCUCUCCCCCGCCUCCAUCUUCUCAAAUGGUAAGCAAAAGCAAGGAGGAAAUAAAAGUGAUCCUGACGAAGCCAUUCUCCUUAGGAGACACGGAUGCGGCUUAUAGAGCCCCUAAUUUGUUGCAACGUGUAUUAAGCUUGUUUAAGAGUAUACGGCCUGGAUCUGAUCUCACUCACUUCCAACUGCCGCCUCUGUUUAAUUUUCCAAAGUCACAACUUCAGUGCUAUGGUGAGUCUGUAUACUGCACAGCUUCAGACUUGCUAAGCAAAUGCAAUAGAGAGCAGAAUCCAGUGGACAGGUUCACAUCUGUGGUUGCAUGGUGUAUCUCUACGACUCGCCCUACAAUGUUACUUGCUCCUUAUAACCCUAUUCUUGGAGAGACCCAUCAUGCUUCUAGGGGAAAUCUCAACGUCCUGCUCGAACAGGUCUCACACCAUCCUCCCGUGUCUGCCCUACAUGCAACAGAUGAGGAGCAGAACAUAGAGAUGAUAUGGUGCCAACAACCGAGUCCAAAGUUUUGUGGCACUUCAGUGGAGACUCAAGUUCUUGGUAAACGACAGCUGAAGCUCCUCAAUCAUGGAGAAACGUAUGAAAUGAAUUGUCCUCACCUCCUAAUCAGAAUUUUUCCAGUCCCUGAUAUCAAUUGGGUUGGAAAUGUCAAUAUUCGGUGUCUAGAGACUGGUCUGGCGGCAGAGUUAAGCUUCAAAAGUAAUUCUUAUCUAGGACUUGGGGGAAAUCGUAGAUUGAUCAAAGGGAAGAUCCUCAAUUCAUCAUCAUCAAAAGUUCUUUAUGAAGUGGAUGGUCAUUGGGACAGAACUGUGACAAUAAAGGACACAAGUAAUGGGAAGGUUAAAGUGAUAUAUGAUGCAAAUGAAGUCAUUUCAGGGCUCCAAAGUCCAACUGUCCGCGAUCCAAAGAGUGUGAUGCCAACAGAGUCUGCCCUGGUUUGGAGUGAGCUGAGCGAAGCCAUAUUGAGCAAAGAAUGGGAGAAAGCAAGUGAAGCAAAGAAAGUUGUGGAGGAAAGACAGAGGAAACUGGCGAGAGAAAGAGAGUCAAGAGGAGAAAAUUGGAUUCCUAAACAUUUUGUUGUGUUUCAGAGCAAAGAAGGUGGCUGGGAAUGCUCCCCCAUUGAGAAGUGGGUCCCAUCUGCACCCAUCGCAGCUCUGUAAUUUAUUAUACCUUUGAAUCUUUAAUGUGAAAAGAUACUCUUAAUUUGUAUUUGGAUCCCACGCCCGUGGUAACUAUAGGCACUCGGUGCUUAUAUUCACGUGACAAAA